AUGUCGCAGAACGGCGUCAAUGGCGAGGCCGCUGAGUCUGACGAACUCUGGCGCCAUCCUCGUCCCGAGUCCACCGAAUUCUACGCCUUCCAGCAGCACGUCGCAAAGAAGCACGGUAUCUCCGCCUCGUCCUACCACGACAUCUGGCAAUGGAGCGUGGAUCAUCCCAGCGCCUUCUGGGAGGAAAUAUGGCACUAUACCGGGAUAAAGGCCAGCAAGCAGUAUGAAUCUGUCCUGGACGAGUCCGCUGCAAUGUUCCCCAAACCCGCCUUCUUCGCCGGCUGCGAGCUGAACUUCGCCGAGAAUCUGCUGUUUCCCUCUUCCAAUCCAAACCCAGCCUCUCUCGCGAUCAUUGCAGCUACAGAGACCACGCGCGAACAGGUGACCUGGGCGGAGUUGCGUGAGCGUGUCCGGACAUGCGCUGCUGCCAUGGACGCCCACGGCGUGAAGAAAGGAGAACGAGUCGCCGGGUAUCUGUCCAAUCAUACCAAUGCGGUGGUGGCCAUGCUGGCAGCGACUUCACUGGGUGCUCUGUGGUCCGGUGUGAGCCCUGAUACCGGUGUCCAUGCGGUCCUAGACCGACUGCGUCAGAUCGAACCCGUCCUUCUCUUUGCCGACAACGCCGUGACAUACAACGGCAAGACCCACGAGACACACAGCAAAGUGUCUGAGGUUGUUUCGGCGCUGCCAUCUGUCCGCAAUCUGGUCAUUUUCGAAUCCAUCCCCGGCCACCCCUUCGAUCUUCCUUCUAUAGCCAGUCAGCCAAGCACCACUGUCGAGAUGUAUUCCUCAUUCCUGUCCAAAGGUGAUUCCGCCAGACCUCUUCGAUUCACAUAUCUACCGCCCGGGCAUCCUGUCUAUAUCUUAUAUUCGUCCGGCACCACAGGAGUGCCCAAGCCAAUUGUCCACGAUGCUCUCGGAACGCUGCUCCAACAUAAGAAAGAGCAUCUAAUACAGUCCGACAUCAAGCCCGGCGAGCGACUAUUCUACUUCACAACAGUGACGUGGAUGAUGUGGCACUGGCUGGUUUCAGGGCUGGCCGGAGGCGCGACCAUUGUCCUAUACGACGGCUCGCCAUUCCAACCACACAAGCAAAUGAGCAUGCCGCUUUUGAUCGACGAACUCCAGAUCAACCACUUUGGUACCUCGGCCAAAUACCUGUCUGUUCUAGAACAAGCUCACACGCUUCCGAGGGAGGAAUCGCCUCGGAGCGCGACGCUGAACUCCCUCAAGUCCAUCUUCUCCACCGGCUCGCCUUUGGCACCAAGCACCUUCCAAUACGUGUACAAGAACCUUUCACCACCUUCUCCUCAUCCGGGCAUUUUGCUGGGCUCCAUCACCGGCGGCACCGACAUCAUCUCGCUAUUCGGGGCGCCGUGCCCGGUCCUGCCGGUCCACGCGGGUGAGAUUCAAUGUCGAGGCCUCGGCAUGGCAGUGAGAGCCUUCUCGGCCGACGGCGUCGACAUCUCCGGGACCGGCCAGCCCGGCGAACUGGUCUGCACCGUCCCAUUCCCCUGCCAACCGUGCAUGUUCUGGCCUCCAGGCCCCACGGGCGAAGCACGCUAUCGCUCCUCCUACUUUGAAGUGUUCAAGAACGCCAAGACAGGCCACCCGAUCUGGCACCACGGCGACUUUGUCCGGUUCAACCCUGCAACGGGCGGAAUCUGGAUGCUCGGGCGAUCCGACGGCGUGCUCAACCCCAUGGGCGUCCGCUUCGGGUCCAGCGAAAUCUACAACAUCCUGCUGGAGCAUUUCAAGACCGAAGUGGAAGACGCGCUGUGCAUAGGCCGGCGCCGCGAGCAAGACACCGACGAAGUCGUGGUGUUGUUUCUCAAGAUGGCCGAGGGCCACAAGUUUUCCACCGACCUCGCGCUGCAGGUGCAGAACGUGGUCAGGAAGGAACUCAGUGCCCGCCACGUGCCCAAGAUCGUGGACGAGUGUCCCGAGAUUCCGGUGACGACCAACGGCAAAAAGGUCGAGGGCGCCGUCAAGCAGAUCCUGAGCGGGACGCACAUCAAGACGAGUGCCAGCGUGGCCAACAGUGGGUGUCUAGAUUGGUACAGAGAGUGGGCGAAGAUUCACUAG